CCAAUGUAAAUCGAGCAUUAGACCAAGAAAGAUGUUUUUUAGACAGUAUCCAUUUACUCUUGUUACAUUAAUUACGCUCACAGCAUUCAAUGUCAGAUGGAACACUUAUAUUCAAUUAUUUUAAACAGUUCUAAAGUGGAUGGCCCGUGUGUGCGUCAAUUAACACAACCAUUCGAACUUGGCGAAGCACCUACUUGGGAUGAUCGAAUUAAAUUGUUAUAUUUUGUUGACAUACUGGCCGGAAACAUAUAUUCUUACGAUCCUGUCACAACAAUUUUGAAUAGUAUUCAACUUGACGGAGAUGUUACACCGGUUGUUCCCACAGUACAUGAUACCCAUGUAUUUGUGGCAGGACUAAAUAGAUCGCUUGUUGCGAUACGGUGGGAUCCUAAAGGUAGUAAAUUGCAAGCUGUAGCUACCCUUACAACAGUGGCAAAACAAUUUCCAACAAGUCGAUUCAACGAUGGAAAAGCAGACGCUCAAGGAAAAUUGUGGAUAGGAACAAUGGGCCCCGAAAAUACAAACCUUGCUUCACUUUAUUUGAUAACAAAGGAAAACAUUGAAAAUCCUAAAGUUGUAAUAGCUCCUGCUAAUAUUAGUAACGGUGUGGCUUGGAAUAAAGCAAACACGAAAUUUUUCUACAUCGACAGUCCAACUCGUCAAGUUAGGGUGUACGAUUUCGACCUAAACUCUGGUGAAAUUUCAAAUCCAAAAGUGGUCUUUGAUGUAAGAGAACACGAUGAAUUAACAGGGAAUCCCGAUGGAAUGACGAUAGAUGAAGAUGAUAACAUAUGGGUGGCAUUAAACGAGGGUGGAGCUGUGGUUAAAGUUGAUACAAACAGUUUAGACGUUUUGCAUGUAAUAGCAAUACCAGCUUCAGAUGUUACGUCUGUGGCUUGGGGUGGUGACAAUCUUGAUGUUUUAUUUGUAACGUCGGCACGAAUUAGACUUAAUGCAGAAGAAAGAAGACAACAACCUGCUGCUGGAAGCUUGUUCGCAGUUUACAAUUUAGGUACUCGGGGGUUACCUACUCACUAUGUGGAUGUAAUUAAUGAUACAAACUUCCCAGCUUAACAUGAAUUUAGGCUUUUUCUAAUAAAAUUUUACUUU